UGCUAUCUCUUUAACGGGACGGGCGGUGACGUUGGGACACGCAGCGGAGAGAACAGGCUGCUGUUGCCGGACCGACUCCCGACCGGGACCAGAACCGGCCUUCAACAGACUGACACGCCGUCAUCUCCGUAAAUCUGAGAGUUCAGGUUCUCAAUCCGCAAUGAGAGACUACUCAGCGACUCCGAGCCACGGAGGCGCCUGCAUUCCGUGCUGCCAAGUUUGCGUCUUCGCCUUUACCGCAUUUCUCAUCAUUGCAGAGAGGACGGCGCUGAUCUAUUGCUUUGUGUACUAUCUGUGGGUGGGUCACAAUUACUGCUAUGCCCAUCUUGCUGGCUUCACUGCGCUGUUCCUGCUGCCAGGUUGGGGUCCUCAGUGGCUCAGUUAUCUGUGGUACCUGUCAGAUGGACGCAUCCGCAGGAAUUCUCUCACCUGGACGCACAUACUGCACCUGGGUAUCUUCAAAAGGCUGUGGGAGUGCAUGUGUCUGCCAGACGCGGAAGUGUACUGUGAGAUCAUGCAGCAGGCGGAUGCAUCUGCCUUACGUCUGUUUGAGGCCUUGGUGGUCACCCUCCCUCAGACGCUGCUGCAGACCUACGUGCUCAUCUGCACUGAUAUAGGAAUCAAAUCUCCAGCCUCACUGUGCUUCGUGGUGUGUUUGUUAUCUCUGGCCUGGGCCUUGGUCCUCUACGCCAGAGCCUGUUCACUCAUCAGACCAGGACACAUACAAAUGACCCCCGCUGCCAUUCUCUGUCGACUUCUGUGGAGGGUCAGUAUGUUGGGAUCUCGAUUUGCUGUUCUCAUGCUCUUCACACGUAUCUUCAAACAGUGGACCCUGGGAGUCAUUGGUGUGCACUGGCUGGGUACAACUUUCUGGAUGGUGUCACAGCAGACCGACAUCAUACGUUCAACUAGUCGAUGGAGACUCUUCAACUUUGUUCUGGGAGCCAUUCACAUCUUCUUUUUCCUCAAUGUGAAGUACGGUCAAUCCAGAUACCGCAUGGCUGGGUUCUACCUGGCCAUGUUCUUAGAGAACGCUUUUCUUCUUCUGGCCUCCUCGUGGUUGUUUACAAUGGUGUCCUGGGACACUGUGGGAAUCCCAGCUGCAGUCUUCUCUAGCUUCCUCAUUGGAGUGAUAGCGUUGGUGCUGUACUAUCGUUUCCUCCACCCUAAGUCCUUUGAGAUUUUCCAGAGUAUUCGCCACAGGGGGAUAAGUGGCGCCUGCACAGAGCGUGGAUCAACACUGUCAUUGGAGGAGAAAGUUACAUCCACUUUCUAUCACCAUGCAACACUGUCCGGAGGUGGGACCCUCAUGGAUCUCCCUAUCCAAUGGGAGGGAUGGAAACAUCACCACUGGCUGCUGAUUCGCUUGGCCAUGAAGACGGGGGAUGUAACAAACAUCUGGUCGGCAUAUGGUGAGGGGGGACUGGCCGGACUGAUGGGUCUGUCUGAAGAAGUUCACUCCCCUGAUGAACCUCAUGUUCCUCGGGGUCCCCUUAUUCAGCAGGUUACCCAGAUCUUACUACCUGCUCCUCAACCAGCUCCACCACAGGUGACCCAGGCUCCACAGGCGAGAGAGGUGGUCCAGCCACCAAAGCCAGCUCCCUCCUGUGUCAUAGCCAGACCAGUUAGAAAAGCUCCACCCACAACAAUCCAGGAUAUGAAAACUUUUCCAGAGAUCAUCCCGGUCCACGAGGUCAUUUUUGAAGAGAGCGCAGAAGAUGUGUCCAGCGCCCCACCAUCAGAAAAAGGGGAUGAUGAAUUUCAGAGUGCUGCUUACUGCUCACCAACACCUUCAUCUCCCCUGCAACCAGACAGCCUCCCCCACAUCGAUAGCAGCGCUCUGUCCCUGACCGAAGCCUCAUCCUCCGUAUGUUCCCUGGACAUCAAGACUCCCGUCUGGUCACCUGAACGGCGUUCCCCUCUCGUGAUUGGUUCCCCGGAGAAAAAACCCUCACUCCCUGGAGAGUCCAGCACUACACUUUACUUCAGCGCGGAUGCACAUUCUCCCUCCAGUGGGAGCUAUCUUGGCUGGGGCUCCGAGUUGUCGCCUAUCUCCACCUACAGAAGUCCCUACCGGAUCAGAGAGGCUCGCUUUAUCACAUCCACCCCACGCCUGGAGCCUCGAGCUAGGUCAGAAAGUCCAGGUCCGUCCCCUAUUGUCAUCACCCCUGCCACUCCUGGUACAACACCAGGCCCCACUCCAGGUGGGACCCCUGGUGCGUCGACCUCUGCUGCUUCUACGCCUGGAGCUUCAACAUCUGCUGCUUCAACUCCUGAUGCAUCCACACCCGUUGCUUCAACUCCUGGUGCUUACACUCUUGGUGCUUCUACUCCUGGUGCUACCACACCCGGUACUCAAAUCAUUCCACUCACUCCAGUCAUCUCCCACGCUCGCAAACAGAUAGUCCAGCUUGUGGACAGCAGAGAGAGGAUGGUAUAAGGAGGAUGGGGGGUAAAGGGGAAGAACAACUGGGUGGCCAGUGAUGUCUUUUUUAGUUUAGCGGUUAAGGAUUUAUGUGAAUCAAUGUAUUAACUAAUUUGGGGAAGGCUUGGUGGGGAGAUAAUGGGCCCUUUCAGCUCAGUUGAAUCAGUCAUGGAAGGAGACACAACUUAAAUUAAUAUUUUAGUUUUUCCCUGACAUGCAGAUACAAGGGUUACAUUUGCAGAAACUUAGGAAGCAUAGGUAGCACACUCGCCAACCACUGCAGGGGCAUUGGCCCAAUCCUUAAUCAUUUCUGACCUUGCUGUUCAUUCUUAUCAACUCAUUUAGCAGUGUGUAUGGUAAGAAAGUCACAGAUGGGUCACCAGAGGAGUUAGAAGUGACAAACUUGUACGUACAUGUACCGGGGAAUCGAUCAGUCUAAAUAGGGGGACAGGGAGGAUUUUUUCAAUUCUUUACAACUGUCUGAUUAAAAAAAAACUCUAUACACUAUAGAUCAAUAUUUACAGAAGAUUGCAUCUUGGUUACUCAUCUAAAGAAAACACAGUUACAAAUUCACAGGUGCUAAUGAAUCUGGUGCAUCACUUCCAUUCGUUCAGAUUAACCCUAAACAAAACUAACCACAGAAAACCGAUUGAAAUCGUGAGCUGUGAUUGAAUCACAAAGCGUUAACAAUCAUGUGAAUCAAGGCGAAGAAUUGUCAAAAUCAACCGGGUAAUUAAACCAGUUUACAAACAACUAACACACUGAAAUGUAUAAAUAAUGAAGACUUAAUGCAAGUACAAGCAUGCAUUGAUGUUAUUAGGCUUGCAAAAGCGUAUUAUUCUUUUAUUUUUACAAAACCUUUAGAUAAGGUUGAACAUCGCCUCCAGGUGUCACAUUACAUUACAAACAUUACUGACACGUACAAAGAAACAGAGCUCCUAUUUACAAUCUGUAAAAUAGUCAGAUUUUAGUUGAUGUCUAUUUUCAAGAAACUAUCACAUAAGCAAAUGACAAACGGCAAAAAAGGUGCAGCUAAAGUAGCAUGAUAAUCUUUAGACUACACUAUGAUUAUAACAUGAGAAUAUGUCAAGGAAGAUCAGAAGAUGUUUCUAUUGUUACAAGCAUUUCAUUUCAUUUGUCUACUUUAAUGAUCAGAUAUACAUUUUAACUAUGACCUGCAGAAAUGCUUUACAUCGCUAAAUAAGUAACAAUGUUUCUAUAAUUUUAGACAUUUACCCCAUUUGGCCCUUUCCAAGAAAUUGCAUAUAAGGGACUAAAUUAAACGGGUCAUUUUAGUGACGCAGAAAAGAUGAAAUACAGCAAAUAGAGAAAUUGCGCUGGACAUAACUGAGUGUCUGUUCUUGUCUCUAACAGAGAGGAGGUAACUUUGAACACCUCUGAACAUCAUAUUUAAUUUUUAAAUUUGUGUGUUCCCAAAAGUGAUUGUUAAAUUUGCCAUUCUUGUCUGCUACUCUAAUAAUUAGCAUUAGCAUUAUUCUGGAUUGUUGGCGUUUACUCACGUUGGUUUUAUUGAGGAGCGCACAAUCUAAUUUGGACAUAGUCUCAUAUGAAUAGUUAAUAACUUAAAAUGUCUUUGGUAUUGUCUUGUAAAACCUGCCAUACUCACAAAUAUGCUUCGUCCUUCCACCUAUUCUUUAGUUGAACCUCCUACCUCAGCAAAACUGAAAAUCCAAGUGACAAAACUAAUUUUAUUAUCUUCUUAUGUCUCAGUGAGAACAUGUAAUUGCUUACUGUACGACUGAAAACUCUUUUGUUUAACUGUAUGAAACGUUUUUCCUAUACCAGAAGGAGGGAAACCAUAACAGAAAUGUUGCAUAAAGGUAAAUCCCGGGUAUAAUGUGCUGCUAUGAGUUUGGUCAAUGCCAGUAUUAUGAAAUAUUAUGAAUAUUAUUUAUUUCAUUACGUGAAAUCUGAUUGUAAUCAUAGCAUUAACAAUACCAGUCUUCCAUGUUUAUUUGUCUAUGCUAUGUUAUUUUACUUUCUUUCUUUCUAAAGAAAUAUACGUAUAAAGUCAGGUCUAUGUCUGAAACGUCCAGUUAAAUGUUUGGUGAUAAAACACAUUCAGCUUUUUGAGAAUAUAAAUCGGGGUUUAUGGAACAAAGUACAGAGAAAAACAUGCUCCAUCAAACUGUGUCAAACUGUUCUCCACAUACCAGCUGAUAGAUAAAGUCAAGAGUCACUGCAUGUUACUCGUUCAUCCAGAGAAUUGUAUCUAUUCCUUCAGAGAAAGAAAACUCACUGUAACUACUCACACAUUACAAUAGUAAACACACGUGCUAGAAUGUAUGUGAACGCAAAAGCAAAAAGCCAGCUAAUGAAAUGUAUAUGAGUGCACUGAUUAGAAAACAUCUAAGCACACGCUUUAGACUGCAAACGAUGCCUUGGCUUCUUGAUCAUCAUGAAUCAGCGCUUUGCCUCGUAGAGAGACAGUUUCAGCUGCCAUGCUUGUCUUAAUAGGUGUGUAGAACAAUAUGCUUUGCUUUGUGUACCUGAUAAUCUUCACUUUUGUAUUUCCUUUUCUUUAUCUGGUCACAUUUACUGUUAUGAAAUGUGUGAACAGCUACGGUGCAGUAGUCAAGGUUUUGUGCGGAGGUUUCUCAUGUGGAAUUGUUUAGAGAGAUUUCAUUGAGUUUUCAUUGAGAGACAGACAUUAGUUUGCUGAUCGAGUGUAACGUCACUUAGUCAAGACGGCCUCCAUUUAUCAACAUGCAUCACCUUGUCUCUGCAAGGAUCUCCACAGAGCAACUGUGGUUGGUGAUAGUGAGUCAAUUACUGUGCUAUUAAUGUGACAAAAUAAAAUCAUUAGUCAUGAUCAAAGAUCAGAGCGCAGUGUUGUGUUGUAUUGAUCAUCCUUAUUCAUUUACAGUCAGUUGUCUUUUAACAUUGUUGUGCGCUUUAGACAAAUGGAAAUGUAUAAUAACAGUGUAAACGAUACAGUAAUAAAUACACUGUAAAUUGAGUAUAUUCAAUUUAGGCUAGUUCUCCAUUGAAAUGAACAUAAUGUUGUUUACAUUAUCACAGGGCUGGAUGGGGGUUCUGGGGCUUAUUACCAAUUUCAAUAUUAAAUAGCUAGCAUGUUACCCGCUAGCAUAAUGCUAGCUGGUAAUAUUGAAGGUUCUAAUCUUGAAACAAGAUCAUGUAAUAAAGCAGAAAUCACCUUAAUGCUAUUAUUAUUAUUAUUAUCAUGGUUGAUAUUGUGCUUUAAUUCAAUCAAUCCAAUACAACUUUAUUCAUCGCUGCAAGGAAAAUGUAUUCAGCAGCUCACCACCCAGAGCAACAAAUACACUCACAAUAGGAAAAAGAAAAAAACCACACAAAUGUUAAUCACAAACUAAAAAUAAUUAAAGUUUAUAAGCUUUAAACCUAUAUGUGCAAUAUUAGUAAAACUAUAUAAAUAUACAAACAAAAAGGGAUUUAUGCAGAAUAGAGAAGGCAGACAACAGAGUAAUGUAGUAUAUAUCGCAAUAUUACCAAGCAGGGAUGUUUUAUAUGCACAUUUCCACAAACCAAAUGCCACACAGUCCACUUCAUUAAGUUAAAUAAUAGUUUAAUUUAAUUGAAACAAGAAUGUGAUUUUGGUUAGUUUGCCUGGUUAAAUAAGAAAGUGUUGUUGGUCCCUCAUACUUCAAAAUGAGGAUUUGCUCUUAUGCAACUUUCUUGGUAAAACAAUGAAUACAGUUUGUGUGCUGUUCUUACAGUAUUUUUCCCUAUUCAUCAUUUUGAAAGUCAGAUGACAGACACAUAAAAGGAAGAGAAAGCUGCCGAACGAUCAGUAUGUUCUCUGUGGUCAGUGAUCCACAGCGAGAUACAGCUUGAACACCCAAAAAAAAGUUGUUGUCACCAUCAGUUACAAAUCACAAGUUAUUUCUAAAAAAAAGGUCACAGCUAAACUAAAUGUGGUAAAAUACCAACAUACACAUACAUUACUGGCAAGCAUCGUGAAAAAGGUCCUGAGCAUUAUGCUUCAUGUCAUGAUCUCUAGUCAUUACUUUAUGUCAGAAAAUAUUAUUAGAACUUCCUUUUAGCAGAUGUCCCAAUCAGAUAAAUAACAAGUGACCUUAGGGCCUGAGUUGAGUUACUUGAAAGACAUUAUAGCGCAGAAACAAAUAUGAAGCACUUUAUACUGACAGUAGCAAACUAUUCACACCUAGAAUGUGAUUUUAUGUUAUCAGUGAUCUUUUGUAGAAUUGUAGUGAGAUAUGCAGAUUCCUCAGUUUCCAUUUCAAUGUUGUCAACUGGUAGAAACUGUGCCGGAGGUUUGCUGUCUCUUCUAUCCAUGACAGCUACACUCAAAUGUUGAAAUUUUUCCAUCAAUAUUCUGCUCUCAUUAU